AUGCAGGGUUUUCCUAGCCCUCCGACUGGCUUUGCAGUCAAAAAGUCCAAGAUUUUGUCACAGUUGGCCGUCCCCGAUGCCACAUACACGGAUUUAUCGCCCAAGGGCUCAGUAGACGAGGGGAUUAGACACCUCAUCGCUGAGAUCAAUGCUGUCGAAGGACUUGUGACGACGAGCAGCUGCGCUGGGCGGGUGAGCGUAUUUAUUGAGGGGCGCAAGACUGCCGGGUCUGACGAAGGAGGUGAUGCCCAACUCGCUGGCGUGGGCGGCAAAGGAGGAGGCGGCAACUGGUUAUUCGUCUCGCACGAUCCUGUGGAGGAGAAUGAUGCCUGGAUCCGAAGGCUAGAUCUCGCGGACGAAGCGGAUGUGUCGGCUGGGUCGGCUGGAAGGCGGCUAAUACACUUCAAAUUUGAACCAAUGAUCCUACACGUUCUCGCGGCCUCGCCUAGUCAUGCACAGCUUGUCCUAAGCUGCGCCCUUCAAGCUGGGCUCAGGGAAUCCGGCGCCGUCAACCUGAUAGCCUCUCGUGACGACCCCGUUAUGCCCAUGGUUGCCGUGCGGUCCAUGGGCCUCACCCUCGAAUCACUCAUCGGACAGCAGGUGGGUGAGAAACGACAACAGCUAGUGUCUGUGCAGCACUUGCGGACGCUCAUGAGCGUCGCGAACGAGCGUUUCGUUGAGAACACCAAGCGCAUCGCUCGCUUCCAGCAUGCAUUGAAUGCUACAAAGCAGCCACCGCCUUUGAAAAAGAAUGCAGAAGGGCAAGUAUGGGAAGACGCCGCCGCCAGACGUGAGCGUAAACGUGCCGAAGGACUCCGUCGCAAAGCCAAGAUGCAGAAAGAUAAGCCUUCUCCCAUGGAAGACACACACGAGCCCGUCGCAACAGACUCAUUACCUCUUUGA